UCAACUGCUAGUUGAGUCGUGGCAUUCACACUGUAACGGGAUCCUACAAUCUGAAUUUGAUCAUUGUGAUGAUCUGGAUUACAACACUGCCCAGGACUGGAUAAGAAAAGGCAUUCUGAGUGUUAUACAGAAAUUCUGGAAACCACACGAAGCUCUGACCUCACCACCACCUGAAAAUAAUGGAAUGCAUGCAUUUUUUAGUGUUGUUAAUAUUGGUGAGCAGCAUGGAGUAUUGUACAGCAAUCCAUUGGCUUGGUCUUACAGUAAACGGGAGCUCAGUUGGCUGGAAUCAGACUCACCACUGCAAGCUUUUAGACGGGCUAGUUCCUGAUCAGCUGCAGCUCUGCCGGAGGAAUCUGGAGCUGAUGCAGAGCAUUGUCCACGCCGCUAAACUCACCAAACUGACGUGCCAGAAGACCUUCACUGACAUGAGAUGGAACUGUACUUCCAUUGAGAGCGCACCGCAUUUCACGCCCGAUUUAGCCAAAGGAACCAGGGAAUCCGCCUUCGUCUUUUCUCUGGCUGCCGCAGUUGUGAGCCAUUCGAUAGCCAGAGCCUGCGCUUCAGGGGACCUACCCAGCUGCUCAUGCGGGCCUGCACCUGCAGAACAGGCCGGUCCGGACUUCAGAUGGGGUGGCUGUGGGGACAACCUGCGCUACGGUCUGCAGAUGGGCUCGGCCUUCUCCGAUGCGCCCAUGAAAAGCAGCAGGUCUGGUGCUCAGGCAGUCAGGCUGAUGCACCUCCAUAACAAUGCCGUGGGAAGGCAGGCUCUCGUUGAUGCUAUGGAAACCAAAUGCAAGUGCCAUGGAGUGUCUGGGUCCUGUUCUGUAAAGACAUGCUGGAAGGGACUCCAUGACAUAAAUGAUAUCGCCGCAGACCUCAAGUCCAAAUAUCUUGCCGCCACUAAAGUCAUCCACCGCCAUGUUGGGACUAGGAAGCAACUUGUGCCCAGAGAGCUGGAUGUCAGACCAGUGAGAGAGUCUGAGCUUGUGUACUUGAUCAGUUCCCCUGAUUACUGUAUGAAGAAUGAGAAGCAUGGAUCAUUUGGCACACAAGACAGGCAGUGUAAUAAAACAUCCAAUGGCAGUGAUAGUUGCAACCUCAUGUGCUGUGGACGUGGCUACAAUGCUUACACUGAGACAGUGGUGGAGAGAUGCCAGUGCAAGUACCACUGGUGCUGUUAUGUCACGUGCAAGAAAUGCGAACGGACUGUGGAGAGAUACGUCUGCAAAUAAACUGACUUGGUGCAGUAACUCACUGAUACUGCAGAGAGGGAGGAUGGCAACUGUACAAAAAGCACUACACUCCAAAGAGAUUUCCUUAAUCCACAGAUAAAGUUUUGUCAGCAUCGUGGCUGUAUGAAACAUUCCUCAAUUGCUGCUAAGAGACAGAAGGAGAGACUUCAAUCAAGAGUCAAUGCAGCUAUCUGAAGGAAGGCCAAAGGAUGGGGAUUGGUAAAGUGAAGACCCAGAUUUGUUCUUGUUCUGAACUCAAUAGCCAUCCACUACAGUUGACAAAUGUUCCUUGGUCGUUCUGCUUGGGCAGGUCUAUUUAUUCCCUCAAUCAAGAUGAGCUGUGGUUUUGUCUUGAGAAACGAGAAGGCUGUGAUAUUGGUGAAAGGCUGGACAUGAUUGAUUGGGAGCAAUAGAAGUGCUACCUCUGGGGGUAAAAAGUUCCUCCCUGAAUAGAGAAGGGGUUGAAUGGAAACAAUGGCCUGAAUUACAAAAAAAAGACAAUUCAACAGCAGCCCCCCCCCCCAGAUGCUAAUAGCCCAGUCAGCUUUUGAGAUUUUUAAGUGUUUUUUAAGCACCAUUGAACAAAUAAGUCCAAUUCUUACUCAUUAACUAAAUCCUGACAUGAAUUAUCA